CCGUUGGUGAGAUGGACUCGCUACAGGCAGGCCUCGUCGCCCUCUCUGGGAUACUUAUAAUAGUAGCCACAGUGGUGCUUCUGAGGCGGUACUUCGGCGGAGGUGUGUGCCGCAGUAACGCACGGCUGGACGGGAAGACAGUCGUCAUCACCGGGGGGAACGCUGGCAUCGGCAAGGAGACGGCAAGGGACCUCGCCAAAAGAGGUGCCCGAGUGAUCCUCGCCUGCAGAGACCCGAAAAGGGCCGAGGAAGCUGCUGCAGAGAUUCGGAAGGACACCGGAAACGGAAAUGUCGUCGUAGAGAAGCUGAACCUCGCGUCGCUCAACUCCGUCCGAGAGUUCGCGGCUAAAUUCAACGCUGAUGAAUCUCGACUGGACAUUCUUAUCAACAAUGCUGGAAUCAUGACGUGCCCACAGUGGAGGACAGAAGACGGUUUUGAGAUGCAGUUCGGCACGAACCACCUGGGUCACUUCCUCCUCACCAACCAGCUGCUGGACAAACUCAAGACGUCCGCCCCCAGCCGGGUCGUCACCGUCGCCUCGUCUGGUCACGCAGUCGGACAUAUCCACUUCGAUGACAUCAACUUGGAGGAGAGUUACACUCCAAUAAAGGCGUACGGGCAGAGCAAGCUGGCCAACGUGCUGUUCACCAAGGAACUGGCACGGAAAAUUAAAGGAACGGGGGUGACGGCCUACUCCCUCCACCCGGGCGGCAUCAACACGGGCCUCCAGCGGCACCUGGGCGACUCCUACGGCUGGUGGUUUACCCUCAUCAAACCGCUGUUUGCCGGUGGUUUGAGUCUGUUUGGGAAGACUCCCCAGCAGGGCGCGCAGACUACCAUUCACUGCGCGGUGUCGGAGGGUCUGGAGACGUCUUCAGGGCUAUACUUCACUGACUGCGCUCCGAAAGAACCGAUUCCAGAGGCCAAAGAUGAAGCAGUUGCCAAGAAACUCUGGGAGCUCAGCGAGAAAAUGGUCGGCCUGAAGUAGAAAUAUAACAUUUCCUAAUAACCAAUGG